UGCGCAGCCCUAGGGCUGGAACGUAAUUUAAUUUUAUUUUGGAUAAACACAUUUAAAUCGGUAGCGAGUAUUGGAAUUUGUUGAAAACAUAAUGCAGCGGGGCAUUAAUACAUACUUUAAACCGGUGAAUGGCAGCAGCAGCGCCAAAAAGAAGGAAGACAGAGAAGAUGAGACGCCAAAAAAGGCGCCAAAAAAACGAAAGGCAUUGGUUAUAUCCAGCGACGAAGAUGAAAUUGCCGCCAGUCCACAGCAGCCCAAGAAGUCCAGGCACGCAAAUGGCCAUGGAAACCAGAAGCCCACGCUAUCGAAGCUGAAGGCGGAGGUAAAACCGUCGCCCAAGCAAAAAGUGGAUCCCACACUACUCUUUGGUGGCGAGACCAAACGUAUCGAGGCUCCAAAAGCUAAAAGCAAAGGAAUGCUAGAAUUUGAAGAUGAAGAUAUCGAUAGAAGCCUCAUGGAGGUUGAUCUCGAUGAAAGUGUAACCGCUGACAAACCGACAGAGCGAAAGGAAGAGCCUGUAAAAUGCAGUCCUGAGCCGCCUGCACCAGCGAAAACAAAGAAAUCUGCCACGCCGCGAGUUAAGAAGGAGCCAAAGCAUGCGGAUCUAGAAACCAGUGUGCUGUCGGAUGAGGAUCGACAUGAGCGUAAACGCCAGGCAGCAGUGCUCUAUCAACAUUACAAGAAUCGCAGCAGUUGCCUUAAUCACGGCAGCAAGGAAAUACCCAAAGGUGCUCCCGAUUGCUUGAAGGGAUUAACUUUUGUGGUCACCGGCGUACUCGAAUCAAUGGAACGAGAGGAAGCCGAAUCGGUCAUCAAGGAAUAUGGUGGACGAGUCAUGACUGUGGUGGGCAAGAAACUCAAAUAUUUAGUAGUUGGCGAAGACGCUGGUCCCAAAAAGUUGGCUGUGGCUGAGGAGCUCAACAUUCCCAUAUUGAGCGAAGACGGUCUUUUUGAUUUAAUUAGGGAAUUAUCGGGACAGAGUAAGGGGCCUCAGGAAAAUGAUUCAAAAGUAAAGAAAGAAACGCCAGAGAACAUAAAGAAGGAAAAAGCACACACCGAAACAGCUGUGAAAAUAAAAAAAGAGAAAGAAAUCAGUCCAAAGUCGAAAAUAGAAAAAGAGAAGAAAAAUGCCUCUCCACCUAAGGUGAAAAAAGAACGUGAAGAAAGUAAUAACAACUUAAAGAAGCAUGAAGAAAAGUUGGAUUCUUCAUCCAAGAAAUCAGAAGAGAAAAAGUCAGAAAAAGAUGCAUCCGGUUUCAGAUCGCUUAGUGAACUCAAUGUUGCAUGGGUAGAUAAAUACAAGCCCACUUCCAUUAAGGACAUCGUUGGUCAAGCAGGUGCAGCGUCUAAUGUAACAAAGUUACUAAAUUGGCUAACCAAAUGGUACACCAAUCAUGAUGGCAAAAAGAAACUUCAACGUCCGAAUCCCUGGGCGAAAAAUGAUGACGGUAGUUUCUACAAGGCGGCACUUCUCUCGGGUCCCCCGGGUAUAGGCAAAACAACGACAGCUACCUUGGUGGUCAAAGAAUUGGGUUUCGAUGCUGUCGAAUUUAAUGCCUCCGAUACGAGAAGUAAACGCCUUCUUAAAGAGGAAGUGUCCAGUUUACUCGGAAAUAAGACGCUCUAUGGCUAUUGCAAUGGCCAAUCGCAAGCCGUGUCCAAGAAGCAUGUUCUGAUAAUGGACGAAGUGGAUGGCAUGGCUGGCAAUGAGGAUCGUGGUGGCAUGCAGGAGUUAAUUGCCCUUAUUAAAGACAGUUCUGUGCCCAUAAUUUGCAUGUGCAAUGAUCGAAAUCAUCCCAAGAUACGUUCUCUGGUCAAUUAUUGUUACGAUUUGCGUUUCCAGAGACCGCGUAUAGAGCAGAUUAAGGGUCGAAUUAUGAGCAUUUGUUUCAAAGAAAAGAUGAAAAUUCCACCAGCAAAAGUUGAGGAGAUUAUAGCAGCUACCAAUAAUGAUAUAAGACAGUCCAUUAAUCAUAUUGCCCUAUUGAGUGCUUCUGGCGAGGGAGCGAGCCCAACACAAAAGGCUGGAGUAGAUAAAGUGGCUAGCAAGGAUCUUAAGCUUGGUCCAUGGGAAGUAGUGCGAAAAGUCUUUACACAGGAGGAACACAAGCAUAUGAACUUGAACGAUAAAUGUGAUUUAUUUUUCCACGACUAUAGCAUGGGCCCGCUCUUUGUUCAGCACAAUUAUCUUCAGGUUACGCCACAAGGACACAGAGACACUUAUAUGGCCAAGGUGGCGGCCACUGCUGAUGCUCUCAGUCUUGGAGAUUUGGUAGAAAAGCGAAUUCGAGCCAAUUCUGCUUGGUCCUUGCUCCCCACUCAAGCCAUAUUCAGUUCAGUGUUGCCUGGUGAGCAGAUGUGUGGCCAUUUUAGUGGACAAAUCAAUUUUCCCGGCUGGCUCGGUAAAAAUUCCAGGUCGAAUAAGCGAGCUCGUCUGGCUCAAGAAUUGCACGAUCAUACCAGAAUCUGUACAUCCGGUUCACGGUUGUCCAUUCGCUUAGACUAUGCGCCCUAUUUGUUGAACAACAUUGUCCGUCCAUUGACUGAAGAAGGGCAAGAGGGCGUUCCCGCUUCUUUGCAUGUAAUGAAGGAUUAUCAUUUACUGCGAGAAGAUUUGGAUUCACUUAUAGAGCUCACCGCCUGGCCAGGCAAGAAAUCACCAAUGGACUCUGUCGAUGGGCGAGUAAAGGCUGCUCUAACACGGGCUUAUAACAAGGAAGUUAUGCCCUAUUCCUAUUCCGCCCAGGCCAACAUUAAAAAGAAGCGAGCCGAAGCGGCUGGUGGCGAUGGAGAAGAUGGAUUUCUCGCUGGCGAAGAAGAUGGCGGUGAAGAGGGUGGCACACAAAAUGUGGAUUCUGAAAAUGAAGAAGAAAAUGAUGAUCUUGAGCUGGAUGGCCUAAUCAAGGCUAAAAAGAAGCCAUCCGCAACUGCUAGUUCCUCCAAGCCAUCAACUUCCAAGAAGGCAGCUGCUGGGGCAGCCAAACCUAAGGCAAAAGCCAAAAAAUGAAUGCUCAGCACGUAAUAGUUAUACUCGUACUUUAUACAAAUAUUUAUAUAUAUUGAUAUUUUUUUUUGCAAAAUCAAUUUGUUAAUGCUUGGAAAUCGUAUACGAUGAGUUUGUGAACCAUAUAAAAAUAAUUAUAAUCGACUUGAUUUAAAAAUAUCGAA